AUGCGUGGUGGUGGCAUUCCAAGGGCUGCAAGAACAGUAGUCAGUGAUGAAAUUCGUGCCACUAUCAUUGACCAUGUAAUCAACCAUGGUCUUUUACUAAGAGAGGCUGGUGAAAGAGUGCAGCCCAAUUUGAGGCGGUCAACGGUUGCCUCCAUUAUACGCAUCUUUCAACAAACCAACAGAAUUGUGGCGGACCAUAAGAUAUUUGACAAUAUCGAUAGAAUCAGCCUCACAACCAUUACGCGGACAUUGUCCAAACACAGAGUGCGGAUGAAGCAGCUCUACACUGUUCCCUUUGAGAGGAACAGUGAGAGGGUCAAGGAGCUACGACGACAAUAUGUCCAGAGAGUUAUGGAAUUGGAGGCCAACCAGGCCCCUCAUGAAUUCAUAUACAUCGAUGAGGCAGGAUUCAAUCUGGCCAAAAGGCGUCGACGUGGACGAAAUGUAAUUGGAAAAAGGGCCACAGUUGAUGUGCCAGGACAGAGAGGGGCAAACAUUACCAUGUGUGCAGCAAUUGCAAAUGCAGGAUUACUCCUUCACAGAUGUCAGGUUGGACCCUAUAAUACAGAGCGCUUGCUUGCCUUUCUCAAUGAUCUCCACCAGCGCCUGGUUCCAGAGCAGGGUCAGGAGGGUGAAAACAUGAGGACCUUUGUAAUUACCUGGGACAAUGUGGCUUUCCAUCACUCGCAAGCAAUAACAACAUGGUUUGAAGUCCACCCAAGACUGGUAAGUCUCUUCCUUCCACCCUAUUCACCUUUCCUCAACCCCAUAGAGGAGUUUUUUUCUGCAUGGAGGUGGAAGGUUUAUGACCAUCAGCCACAUGACCAGAUGUCCCUCCUUGAAGCCAUGGAUGCUGGCUCCAGGGACAUCACAGUUGACGAUUGCCAAGGGUGGAUCCGACAUACCAGGCGGUUUUAUCCCAGGUGCAUCGACUUGGAUAACAUCAGAUACUAA